AACUGGGUGAUUUAAAUAUUAACUCCAGCGCGAGACCGAUUACACCAUAAAUUGAGCAGUUCGGAGUGAGCCCCGAGUCAGUCUCCACGUAUAGGCUCAGGAGGAGAAACUUUUCGCUCUGACAGGUCGCUCCGCCCUCUUCUGUGGGAGACGGUUGGAUCAGCGCGAGGAUCGACCAUGGGCUCGCGGCCGCGGUGGGACAUCGCUCUGCUGCUCGCGGAGCUUCUCGCUCUGUGCUCCCCGUGGGCAUGCGCGGAGAGAGACGCGGAAACGUACUGUGGAGUUUGCAGGGCAUUAGUAGAUGAAAUAGACUGGGCAGUUAAGAAAGUAGAUCCAAAAAAGACAAUUCAAGUGGGAUCUUUUCGAAUUAGUCCUGAUGGCUCUCAAAAACCAAAUGAGAUUCCAUAUGCGAGAUCUGAGAUUCAUCUACUUGAACUUUUUGAAAAUAUUUGUUCUAACAUGGAUGAUUAUGCACUAUAUGUGGAUCCUGACACCCAGAAGAGGACUUACAUGAGAUUUGCUCCAAGAGAUUCUGAGAAAAUGGGUUCAGUAGAUUUCAAGAAUUUCAAAUUUGAUCCUGAAAAUUCGAAAUCACUAAAGUUUGUGUGUGAAAAUAUAGUGGAAGAAUAUGAAGAUGAAAUCAUUUCCUUAUUCACCCAUGAGGCAGACCAUGUGGCUGACAAGCUGUGCAGUGAAAGAUCAGAAUUUUGCAAACCAUCUGUACAAACUCACCACCCUGAACUAUAAAAAAAAAUGAUAUUUCAAGCUGGAAUGGAAGAGUUCUUAAUGUCUGCAUCAACAACUGGCAAUUUACACUGGAUCAGAACUGCUGCUCUGUAUUUAAUCUUUGCUUAUAUCUUCUGUCCAAGAACCACUCAACCACAGAUUUGGAUAUUUUCAUUAUGACUAUCUUUUGAUAAUUCCUGAUUUAUUAAAGUCUAUCUGGAUUAUCUAAAAUUUAUUAGAGGAGUUUUGUAAGUCAUUUGUAUUAAUGCCCAUUUUCAGGAAGAUUUUUAGCUUAAUACUGGAGGUAAGAAAAUGCUCCUUUAAUUUUCAAAUGGUGUGUUUUGAUUCUUUCUAAAGCUUAUGUUCCAGUUCUUGCAAAUAAAGUUUUUAU